CAAAAGGUUGUACACUGUCAUUAUACUCUGAAAUAUGUAAAAUCUGCUGAAUCCUUCUCACCAUCAUUCAAUUUUCUAAUUAUUCUUCUAGUUUUUUUUCGCUCAGAAUAACCACUUUCGAAAUGUAUUUUAGGUCAAAGUGAUCUGAUGAAUAAGCGCAAACCGCAUGGACUUUUAUCACAUAGAUACCCAGGGGCUAAAGCUUUUAAUCGACACACACACACACACAUACACACACCUCUUCUCAGUCCUCGCUCCUCCAUGCUGUCUUUUGAUUAGACUUGUUUCGCAAAAGCAGCGUUAGUUUUAUGUUAUACUAGAAAUUCAACUGCAGUUUUAUUAACGACACGUUUAUGAACAAUCAAAUGGUCCUCAUAAAAAUUUAUUGAAGGACAUAAAAGCAUGCACGACCACUUGCCGAAUACAGACGCUGUAGUGGCCAAGUUCUCAACCGUCUUCCUAUUUCCACCUCCCCGAUUUUGUAAACUCGGGGUGAAUAUCCCGAAAUGUUUUUGUGUGUGUGUGUGUGUGUGUGUGUGUGUGUGUGUGUGUGAAAAUGCUGGAAACUAGGAUUCCACUACGUAACAACAAUGGAAUAAUCUUCGCAAAAAAAAAAAUCAAUUCUAUUCAUGUUCGAACAAAGUCUAUCUGCAUUGGAACAAUUACAGAUGAAGUAUCAUGUAAUAAAACCUUGUAAAAGAUUUAUAAGAUUAAAAAUAAUGGAGAAAAAGAUGCGCAAAGCGCUGGACAGAGAAGCAGCCCAUGUGCUCGACACAGAUUGAUUACGUGAGGAAAUAGUGCCUCUACCAGACGACAUUAUACUUCGUGUAAUGCACCAAAAAGUCUUAUCUAAAAUCGGAAAGAUAUGUUAUUACAGGUUAAUAUACAUCUACGACAUUUUACAUGAAGCUCACGUAAAGAAACAACAUUAGCAUUAAGCAACCUACUGCAAUCCCGAAGUGCAUUGCUAGUCCAAGAUAACCCGCGCAUUGAUCUGCUGUGCGGUUUUUCAGGGGGUAAAUGUAAUCACGUGUUUUAUAGUCGUCCAAUCGCAGCCGGGCAAGGUUUCAGAAAUAAUUACCUGGCUUGAUUGUUCUAUGGGCAGAUAAAAAAAGUACACAUACACUCCAUAUAAUAAUCGGAUGCAUGUAAAAGAGACGGAAACAUCGCCAUGUCGACUACGGGUCCCAUAAGUAAUUAUUAUGUGGAUUCCUUGAUUAAUCAUGAAAGCGAGGAUGUUCUGGCGACUCGUUUUUCGACAGCUGCUCCGAUAUCCUCCGGUUCACGCCCGACGCCUCUGGUACCGGAGUGCGUGGAGUAUCCGUCUUGCAGCUUUGCCCAGAAACCACCCGUUUUCACUACCUCUUGGACCCCUGGUCACUCUCAGUCGUCUAUGGUUUACCACCCAUACACUCACCAGCCUCACUUAGGAACAGAGUCAAGGUACGUCCGCUCAUGGCUGGAGCCCAUUCCCGGUACAGUGUCCUUUCCAGGCUAUCCAGCUAAUAGCAGGCACUAUGGGCUAAAGCCUGAAGCUUUCCAGGAUCCCCGAACCGGAGACUGUUUGGCGUCAAACGGACGUACUUACUCGGAUUUUCUCUACUGUUCCGCUGUCGACGUUAGGGAAAAGCAACAGACGACACCUCCGCCUGAGUCGGAGAUCUUGUCUUCCGGAAAGCACAAAGACGAGAAGGCUGAAUUAGACCCAAACAAUCCCGUGGCCAACUGGAUCCACGCGCGCUCCACGAGAAAGAAGCGAUGCCCUUACACAAAAUAUCAAACACUAGAACUCGAAAAGGAAUUUUUGUUCAAUAUGUAUCUAACCAGAGACCGACGCUAUGAGGUGGCGAGAGUGCUAAACCUCACGGAGCGACAGGUCAAAAUUUGGUUCCAGAACCGUCGAAUGAAAAUGAAGAAAAUGAACAAGGAGAAGAGCGACAGCAAGGAAUAAUUUUGACCCAAAAAACCUCUUUUGCUGAUUAUAGACUAAAGGAAAAACGAUAGAAGACAAUUGUCAUAAGUCUUAAAAGUUAUCGCAUUCUCGCUCUAACGGGAAACAUAGGCUUCGUGAUGCAACGGUAGUCUUCUUUAUUACGGUAUUGCUUAUUGAACUGUAAUUUUAUCGACCUACAUUCAUAUUAACAUAUGUAAUUGCACAUGGCCUGUUUGGAUAUAGAUUUUGUUUCUUUACUCAAAGAGCGUUAGUAAGAACUUUAUAGAACAUGCUGCCCCGAAGUAGGCUUAAAGCAAGGAAAUACUUGAACUACUCUAUUUUCAAGAACGUAAUUUAUGAUUUUCACGUGAAUGUUUCUCCGAUGUGUGUUUGUUUGUAACAGGUGUAAAACUACAAUAUUUUGUAACGAAUAACUCUCAUUUGGUUUAAACUAUUCAUGUUUGCGUCUAUGUGAUAUCCUCGUUGUUUUUAAUGUACUUGUUUCUGUAUUUUAUAUUCUUUAAAUUGUAAAAAAAAUAGAUUUCAAUACGGAUUGUAGAUAUGCUCAAAUAUAUACGACCUCCAUCUUAAUAUUAA